AUGUAUACAACGAUUCGCAACAAUUUUUUUGCAUUAUUCAUCAUCUUUUAUAGACCACCCGUGUCUUUGACAAUGGCCUUUAACCCGGCUAGAUAUACAAACACUUUCCUACCGUCCGUACCGCACUCGACGAUACCAAACAGGGAGCCUUCGCCUAAGGAUAACACCAGCGACAACGACGAGGAAAGUAUAGACGUAACGAACGAGGAAGAAGACACCCCGUCCUCGGGCUGCGCGGUGUCUUCGAGUAGCGGGCCCCUGCGGCCCGAGCCGCACCCGCCCUCCAUGACUGGCUUGUAUCCCACCACGCAGGAGACCAUUCACGAGACCUCCGCCAGAUUGCUGUUCAUGGCGGUGAAAUGGGCCAAGAACCUGCCGAGCUUCGCCAGCCUGCCGUUCAGGGACCAGGUGAUCCUGUUGGAGGAGUCGUGGAGCGAGCUGUUCCUGCUGAACGCCAUCCAGUGGUGCAUGCCCUUGGAUCUGUCGAGUUGCCCUUUGUUCAGUAUGAACGAGCACACGAAGAACGGCCAUUCGGCCACGGAUAUUAAAUUCCUGGGCGAUACGCUGUUGAGAUUCAAGGGGAUCCACGUGGACCCGGCCGAGUUCGCUUGCUUGAAGGCGAUCGUUUUGUUUAGAGCAGAGACCAGAGGCCUGAAGGACCCUAGUCAAAUAGAAAACCUGCAGGAUCAAGCGCAGGUGAUGUUAUGGCAGCAUUGCAGGACCCAGUUGCCCGGGCAGGUGGCGAGAUUCGGCCGGCUCCUGCUGAUGCUGCCCUUGCUCAGGCUCGUUCCUGCUAUAAGGAUAGAAACGAUAUUUUUCCAAAAAACUAUAGGUAAUACGCCCAUGGAGAAGGUGUUGUGCGAUAUGUAUAAAAAUUAA